GACAUUUUCGACCUAUUCCUCCACCAUGUCAGUCUUGAAAACAACCUGCGUAUGACGAGGAAGUGCCGAAAGUCCCAAGUGACCAUCAAUAGGGAGGAGCCCUAGCCCCGUUUGUUGAAAGUUAUUACCCUAACAGAAGAAAUAACAGGCUGAUCAUGUUUCUCACCCUGACGCUUCUGCGGAAAGGCAUCCCGGGCAAACAGUGGAUUGGGAAGCACCGUCGCCCGCGGCCCAUCACUUGGCAGAUGAAGGCCAACAUGUUGAAGCAUCUGGAGCGCGAGGCUGAGAAUGAGUACUGGAUCAGCAGGCCAUACAUGACACGGGAGCAGGAGCACUGCCAUGCAGCGGAGCGCAGAGCCCAGUCCUGGCAAAAAAUCAGAGAGAGAAAUUUUUUCAAAUUCCCAGAACACAAGUAUAUCACAGAUCACUUGGAUCAUCUCAACACCACCAAAACGUGGUCACGUUAACACGGGCAAGGAAGUGACCUCUCGUUUGGGACAUGCAUGGACUGCCUUUCGCACGCUGUAUACCCUUUGUGCCACAACCAUUGCGAUAUAUCGGCGUAUGUAGUUUAGAGCCAUUUUGUAUGUAGAUUAAUGGGUCAUGGGUCUUCGCUUCUCAGUUGAUGGUGUAUCCUGAUAAACUGAACCCAGUUUACUAUACACUUGAAUGCAAUUGGGCUCCUCUACAAAGAACAUAGUGGAGAAUUUCAUUUGUUAUCCUGUGUGGUUACAGAGUGUCACAUUGAGACUGAAUUUAGAUGAUACCUGUGUAGGAACAUAUGAUUUCAGUAUCCAGUAAAAUUUCUUUGGAAUUAAAAAAAUUGAAAGACAUGAAAAAAAACCCUUAACUCAUAUUUG